AUGAAGUCCUGCUUCCAUCCUGACAACUACGAAGAACGCCCCCAAUGCCCUGAUCCACCUGUGGCUGCCGUGGAGCCUGCCGUGGAGCCUGCCUUGGCAGUCGCCCCGAGUGUGCUGGCAGAGCAAGAGCGCAGGAGGCCGCAGACAAGGCGGGCCAGGAUCCGUGAGCUGCUCAAGCGACUUGAUCUGGCCCAGUCUCCCUGCCUAGCCGAUCGCCUGCGAGUGGACGCGCGACAGAAGCAGGCCAAAGAGAGACAUCUCCGCCAAUCCCAGGCUGGAGGCGGAUCAGGUCCGGCCUCGUCGCCCUUGUCGUUCAGGAGAUCUCGAUCUUUUAUGGAGCUACUUCAGUCAGAGCCACACUACUCGAGCGCUCGCGGCCCGGUUGAUCCGAGUGUGCUGGACGACGUGGUGUCGAGACUUCCUGCAAAGCCUGCGACGUCUGCACCCGAACUCGAGCCCUGCACGAUCUGUUUGGAGGUGCCCACGUCAGGUGAGGUCCUGACCAUGCUGCCCUGCUGCCACUGGUAUCAUACAGAGUGCAUCAAGGAAUGGCUGCUGCAUUCGCGGUUGUGCCCCUUGUGCAAGGCACCUGUAGUGCCGGAGGAGCUCGGCAUGUAA